UUCCUCUCCGAUGCCAUCGCUUAUAUAAUCCUCCAUUUGAAAUCCCCCGUUGGACGCCGAUCUCUCGCUGCGUUCCUCUCUUCCUCUCCUUCUUCGAGCUCGCCCUCGUGCCGAGCUCUCUUUGACCAUCGCCCCAAGCCCCUGGGAAUCCGGCCUCGUCCUCGUCCUGAGGCGAUUAGGGUUUCGGCAUUCGAGUUUUAGCUCGAGAUAUCGCGAUCCGAGGCCAUGGCCACAUUUGAAUUGUACCGAAGGUCCUCCAUUGGCAUGUGCUUGACAGAAACCCUAGAUGAGAUGGUUUCCAGCGGUACGUUGAGCCCGGAGCUAGCUAUCCAAGUCCUUAUGCAGUUUGAUAAGUCUAUGACAGAUGCCUUGGAGACGCAAGUCAAGAGCAAGGUUUCGAUUAAGGGUCAUCUGCAUACCUAUAGGUUCUGUGACAACGUGUGGACAUUCAUCUUGCAAGAUGCAGUUUUCAAAAGUGAGGACUGCCACGACCAAGUCAAGAGAGUGAAGAUUGUGGCUUGCGACUCCAAGUUGCUCACACAGUGAAGAGCCCCUGUCUUGUGUUCUCGUGGGGACUAUGAAUACGAAUGUAAAGUUUGCUUGCAUCUUGGAUUAAGAUACACCAAUCCCUCUGCCAAACUCCUAAUCUCUGUGGCAGGUUUGUAACAUGUGUUUAACUUGGAUUACGUGCGAUUGCAUGCUACUGCAUUUUGUUUUAAGUGGAUUAUUAUUGGAGCAUCAGGGACAUUUAUCGA